GAAGGGGUGUCCCGGAUGUGUGCGCGGUUCCUCCCUGCAGCGGCGGAGCGUCGAGGAGGAAGAGGAGGAGGAGUUGAAGGUCACAGCAGCAUCCUCAGCAUCCCUCCACCGAACCUCCGGAACCGGGCCGAACCGAGCCGCCGCCAUGGGGAACCGGGGCAUGGAGGAGCUGAUCCCGCUGGUGAACCGCAUGCAGGACGCCUUCUCUUCCAUCGGCCAGAACGCCGAACUGGACCUGCCGCAGAUCGCGGUGGUGGGCGGCCAGAGCGCCGGCAAGAGCUCGGUGCUGGAGAACUUCGUGGGCAAGGACUUCCUUCCUCGCGGAUCAGGAAUCGUGACGCGGCGCCCCCUGGUGCUCCAGCUCAUCAACUGUCCAACAGAGUAUGCAGAGUUCCUCCACUGUAAGGGGAAGAAGUUCAUCGACUUUGAUGAAGUUCGUCAGGAGAUCGAGGCGGAGACGGACCGAGUGACGGGACACAACAAGGGAAUCAGUCCGGUGCCCAUCAACCUGAGGGUGUACUCCCCCAACGUGCUGAACCUGACGCUGGUGGACCUCCCCGGCAUGACCAAGGUCCCGGUGGGUGACCAGCCGGCCGACAUCGAGCACCAGAUCAGAGACAUGCUCAUGCAGUUCGUCACCAAGGACAACUGUCUCUUGCUGGCCGUGUCCCCUGCCAACUCCGACCUCGCCAACUCCGAUGCCCUGAAGAUCGCCAAGGAGGUCGACCCUCAAGGUCUGAGGACCAUUGGCGUCAUCACCAAGCUGGACCUGAUGGACGAAGGGACAGACGCCAGGGACAUCCUGGAGAACAAGCUGCUGCCGCUGCGCAGAGGUUACAUCGGGGUGGUGAACCGCAGUCAGAAGGACAUUGAUGGGAAGAAGGACAUCACCGCCGCUCUGCAGGCUGAGAGGAAGUUCUUCCUGUCCCAUCCGUCCUACCGUCACCUGGCCGACCGGAUGGGCACCGCGUACCUGCAGAAGGUCCUCAACCAGGUGAGCAGCCCACACCUGCGUGACUCGCCACACCUUAAAACCACCUCCUCCUCCGCUUACAGCAAGCACUGCAGCAGCCAGCUGCUGUCCAUCGAGAAGGAGGUGGAGGAGUACAAGAACUUCAGGCCCGAUGACCCAAGCCGCAAGACCAAGGCCCUGCUCCAAAUGGUGCAGCAGUUCGCGGUGGACUUUGAGAAACGGAUCGAAGGUUCUGGAGAUCAGGUGGAAACUUACGAGCUUUCAGGAGGAGCCAAGAUCAACCGUGUCUUUCAUGAGCGUUUCCCCUUCGAACUGGUCAAGCUGGAGGCCGAUGAGAAGACUCUACGUAAGGAGAUCAGCUACGCCAUCAAGAACAUCCACGGGAUCAGGACAGGUCUGUUCACACCGGACAUGGCCUUCGAGACCAUCGUCAAGCGGCAGAUCGCCCAGAUCAAAGAACCCUGCCAGAAGUGUGUCGACCUGGUGAUCAGUGAGCUGGUCAACACCGUGAGGCAGUGCACCAGCAAGCUGGCGCAGUAUCCAAUGCUGCGAGAGGAAAUGGAAAGAAUCGUCACUCAGCAUAUCAGAGACAGAGAGAGUCGCACCAAAGACCAGGUGAUUCUGCUGAUCGACAUCGAGCUGGCCUAUGUUAACACCAACCAUGAGGAUUUUAUUGGCUUCGCAAAUGCGCAGCAGAAGAGCAGCCAGAUAAACAAGAAAAAGGCUGCAGGGAACCAGGACGAGAUCAUGGUGAUCCGGAAGGGCUGGCUCACCAUCAACAACAUCGGCAUCAUGAAGGGCGGAGCCAAGGAGUAUUGGUUCGUCCUGACGGCGGAGGCCCUGUCCUGGUACAAGGACGACGAGGAGAAGGAGAAGAAGUACAUGCUGCCGGUGGACAACCUGAAGCUAAAGGACAUCGAGAAGAGCUUCAUGUCCAGCAAGCACGUCUUCGCCCUGUUCAACACCGAGCACAGGAACGUCUACAAGGACUACCGGCAGCUGGAGCUGGCCAGCGAGUCCCAGGAGGAGGUGGACAGCUGGAAAGCUUCUUUCCUACGCGCAGGGGUGUACCCUGAACGCAGCGUGGACAAGGACAAGGUGGAGGCGGAGGAGUCCAGUUCUGACGGUCAGAUCCACAGCAUGGACCCUCAGCUGGAGAGACAGGUGGAGAUCGUCCGCAACCUGGUGGACUCAUACCUGUCCAUCAUCCACCGCACUGUCAGGGACCUGAUCCCCAAGACCAUCAUGCACCUGAUGGUCAACAACACCAAGGAGUUCAUCCACUCUGACCUGCUGGCUCAGCUGUACUCCUGCGGAGACCAGAACAGCCUGAUGGAGGAGUCGCAGGAGCAGGCCCAGCGCCGGGACGAGAUGCUCCGAAUGUACUUUGCUCUGAAAGAAGCUCUGAACAUCAUCGGGGACAUCAGUACGUCCACCGUUACCACGGCAGCACCUCCCCCUGUGGACGACUCGUGGCUGCAGGUGACAGGGAUGCCGUCUGGACGCAGGUCUCCCAUGUCCAGCCCGACCCCCCAGCGCCGGGCCCCUCCCGGUCCGCCCCGCCCCGGGGGCCGCGCCGCUCCGUCCCGACCCGCGGUUUCCCCCGAUCCCGGAGGAGCGCCGCCGUCUGUCCCUUCACGGCCCAAUAGAGCGCCCCCUCCUGGAGUCCCUAGUCGCCCCAGUAAAGGUAGCCCCGCCCACGGAGAGAGUCCCCAGUCGUCCAUGGAGGGCUGACCUGAUGACCUCUGACCCCUGAACCAUGUGUGACCGCUCCCCUCAUGUUGGUGACCAUUAGUAGCUCGUUGUGAUGAAUCCAAACCACUUGCUGUCCACCUGUCUGUCUCACUGUGGACUUGGACAACUGCAGAGACGUCCUACAGAACAAGAUGCCUCACUCCGCUCCGGAUCUUCAGGCUGGGAUCAGUUCUCGAUUUUAGUUUCCUGGUUCCUCCGGAACGAAGCUGAGAUGUUUCUUUACAGUGUAAAGUUUGAUUUGCCGUCUAUUUAUCGGUUAUUUAUCAGUUGUUUAUUUGUUAUUUCUUGAGUUUUUUUUAUUAGUUAUUGUCAAUCGAUUACUGAUGAUCUGCCACUUAUUGAUCAUAUUCUGCUGAUCUGGUGAUGUUUGACCCAGUUGGUUCUGUGGUGGACUCGAUUGGUCCCUCAUCCAAACUGGUUCCAGUUUGGGAGAUCUGCUCUCUACUGGUUCCAACAGAUCCAACUGGUGUAAAUCGUAUCCGGACUGGUCCUCCUUGUCAUUGGUUGGUGUAAACCAGACUGGUUCAAACUGGUUCUAAUACUGAAUGAACCCAGUCAUCAGGACGGAACCGGGCUUCAUCGGGUUCUAGAUCAAAGUUCUGUUUGUUUGGGUCGUUGCAUGCAUCGAUUGGGUUCUGGGUCAACCCGGUUUAGGUUCUGGACCAAGCUGCUGCUCUCUAAUUGGUUCUGAACAUGAAAACAGCUAGCAUCAGCUAACCAGAGCAGGCACAGGGGAACCAAUCAGAAACCAUUAGAACUAAUGCUGCUAAGCUCCUCCCCUUUGCUCCCCACCGCCAUCUGAUGCUCCGGAGUUCUGACUGAGUACUGAUGACCUGGUUCUGAGUGGCGUGAGCCCAGCUGCAUGGGCCUGCUGACCUGGUUCUCAUCAGAGUGGUUCUGAUGGAUCAUAUGUUUUCUGUGUCGUGGUUCUGGUGCUCCAUGUAGCGUGUCAUAAGCGUGUGGUUAGCGUGUGAUAGCCGUGACGUGUUGUUACUGUUAGUCUGAGCAUGCUCAGUGACUCACUCUGAUCAUUCUAAUAAUAAAUGUGUCAAUAUUCUGACUCCGCCCACCAACCGUGUGUCAUGUGACCUCAAUAAAGUGAUGUGGAACAACC